AUGGAGGCUGCCAUGCCGCCGUAUUAUCAUCAUCAUCAUCAAUGCCAUGGUUGCAACAACAUUCGCAUUAGAAUGGAUGCCACAAUGCAUUUGACACACACACAAACAGAGGCUGAAAGGCAAAAAGUUAUGUGCUCCUCCAAGCAACAAACAAUCCAUUAUGAGCAACCUUCGAUUUUCAGUGAUCAACAUUGGUUUCGUUUUACCAACAUUAAAUGUGCAGAGUUUGAUUCAUCUUUUGCCACAUUCACCAAAUGCCGUCUGAAUAUGGUGAAGCGUGGUGUUGUUGCCUUAAACGUUUAUGUCAAACUAUUUCAAUUACCUGUAAAUAAUGUUUCGGUGAAUCUCUCACUUUGGAAAAAGGCCAGUGGCUAUCGUCCUUUCCUUUACAAUAUGACUGAGGACUUUUGUAGAUUUCAAAGAAAUCGUAAGAGGGUUCCGUUUCUGAAUAUAUUUUUUAAUCUUCUAGUAAAGGAUUCAAACAUCAAUCACACAUGCCCUUUCAAUCACGAUAUAAUCGUUAAAAAUUUGGUUUUGGAUGAGGAAAUGUUCAAAUUUCUUCCCUUGCCCAAUGGAGAGUAUAUGUUUCGGCUGAAGGUAGCUGCCUACAAUGAUUGGAAGGCCGAUAUUAAGACCUACGUCAUGUUCAAUACCAAAUUUGGUGAAUAA